GCAGGUUUAGCUGAACGAGGCAUGUCCAUUGAAUUAUGUGUCGCGCUUUCUCCUCAUGACAACUAGCUCUAUGACUGCGAGAUUGCAAGUGGUGUCCUGAGAAAGAGAGUCGAUGAGACCGCACUGAAGGAGUGAGAGAACGAGGUGGACUUCAACAUAACAGCGGUACAUCCUAAUCCUGAAAGCAUUUAUGGUGGCUACUGCUUUGAAACCAUGAAGCCUAAGCGGAAGAUCCCCGCGCUGUCCCUCGCACCGAGCCUCUAUUUUUUUGCCAAGAGCAAGUGAAACCAAGUGAGCGCACCACGCAAGCGCGCAGAGAUUGGGCACCUGUCUUUAGAGCGCUAUUUCACAUUUUUAAGUCGAAGGGUUCGUGUUUUUGAAGGCCCUUGCAGUACAGCGGGGCAAGAUACCGUGGAUUAUUCUCAGCAUGAACAAAUGGGGGAAAGAGGACAGAUCACUGCGUUCACUUUUGAAGCAACGCGCAGUCUUGACGCGUUAGCGUUACGCAUUCAUUUUUACCGUGAGUGCUUAUGUUCUUCCCAGUUUGAAAUAUACUCUCUGCUGCAUCUCAGCACUAUAAAAGACAAUAUCUGUGGAUAAAGAACAGAGCAGGGUGUUGUCAGAGAGGGAUAAGAGGAGGAGGAGGGGAGCAGUAUGAGGUGUGCUCUUUUUUUGGAAAAGCCGGAGAAAGACGGACACCGGAAAGGUGUACUGAUGUGCGGAAGCCUGCGACGCGUUACCCUCCUGAGAAAUAAUUACGACCAGGGAAGAAAUGGCCUAGUUAAAACAUCAUCAACACACCGCCAGGGAGUAGAAAAGAAGAAUCGUGUUCAGAUGGAGGAGCCAUCAUCACCGUCAUCAUUGUAAUUCCGGGGCUUGCAUCGAGUCUUUUAGGUAUAAGUGGCUCACUGACUGCAGCCCUGGACCCAUCAGGAGUUCCAAAAAGGAAGACAGAUGAGACUGCAGCUUCUAAUUGAGAAUGCUACCUGUCUCUCUACCUCACCAUGUCUCCCUAGCAAAACUGUUAACCUGUCCCCUUCCACACAUCCUCUUUUUGCCUUUUGUUUUUUCCCAUAACACACUGAGUUUGUGAUCGCUGUCUACACCCAGCUGAAACCCAAGUGAUAUGACUAAAACAGCCUUUAUUUUCAACAUGUUGUUUUUUCCUUUUAAUGCUGCCAGCCACCAAGGCUGUGGGGGGAAGCAUCAUUAUACUUCCCACCAGGUUGCUAGUCACAGUCUGGUGUGGCUCUGGGGACUUGUGCUACACCUGUCCCUUUCUUCAUGUCAACGGGUUGACCUGAAACACCCCAUCAUAUCCACAGGCUAUGGAAAGGUCCGUGGUAUCAGAAAGGAGCUCAACAAUGAGAUCUUGGGCCCAGUGGAGCAGUACUUAGGUGUGCCAUAUGCUACCGCACCUAUUGGUGAGCGUCGCUUCCAGCCUCCUGAAGCUCCAGGCUCCUGGCAGGAGAUUCGCAAUGCCACCCAUUUUGCACCUGUGUGUCCCCAGAAUGUGCACGGGGUUUUACCUGAGAUCAUGCUGCCAGUGUGGUUCACUGACAACUUGGAUGCUGCAGCCACCUAUGUUCAGAACCAGAGUGAGGACUGCCUUUACCUCAACAUCUAUAUACCCACUGAAGAUGGUCCCCUCACAAAAAAACAUGAGUCUACAAUGAACAGACCAAGGGAUGAAGAUGUUCGGGAUCGUCGUAAGAAGCCUGUGAUGCUGUUCAUCCACGGAGGCUCCUACAUGGAGGGCUCAGGGAACAUGUUUGAUGGCAGCGUCCUUGCUGCUUAUGGAAAUGUCAUUGUCGUCACCAUGAACUAUCGGCUAGGUGUGCUUGGGUUUCUGAGCACAGGGGACCAGUCUGCUAAGGGGAACUAUGGCUUGUUGGAUCAAAUCCAGGCCCUGCGCUGGCUCAAUGAAAACAUUGGCCACUUUGGAGGAGACCCAGAAAGAAUCACCAUCUUUGGCUCAGGAGCCGGCGCUGCCUGUGUGAACCUUCUCAUCCUCUCCCACCACUCUGAGGGCCUGUUCCAGAGGGCCAUUGCUCAGAGUGGCUCAGCCAUCUCCAGCUGGUCAGUCAACUACCGGCCGCUGAUGUACACCGACAUUCUGGCGAAGAAGGUCGGCUGCACUCUGGGGGACAAGCCUGAGUUGGUAGACUGCCUGCGGAGAAAGAGUUUCCGGGAGCUGGUGGACCAAGACAUCCAGCCCGCACGCUACCACAUUGCCUUCGGGCCUGUGGUAGAUGGAGAUGUGGUGCCGGAUGACCCUGAGAUCCUCAUGCAGCAGGGCGAGUUCCUCAACUAUGACAUAUUGCUGGGUGUCAACCAAGGAGAGGGCCUGAAGUUUGUGGAUGACAGUGAGGGAGAAGAUGGAAUAUCGGCAGCCUCAUUUGACUACACCAUCUCCAACUUUGUGGACAAUUUGUAUGGAUACCCUGAUGGUAAAGAUAUACUGAGGGAAACCAUAAAGUUCAUGUACACAGAUUGGGCUGACAGGGACAACAGUGACAUGCGUAGAAAGACGCUUCUGGCUCUGUUUACAGACCAUCAGUGGGUGGCCCCAGCUGUCGCCACCGCCAAACUGCACGCUGAAUUCCAGUCACCUGUCUAUUUCUAUACCUUCCAUCAUCACUGUCAGACGGAGGCGAGGCCAGACUGGGCAGAUGCAGCUCACGGAGAUGAGAUUCCCUAUGUAUUUGGGAUUCCCAUGGUGGGAGCCACAGACUUGUUUCCCUGUAACUUCUCCAAGAAUGAUGUAAUGCUCAGUGCUGUUGUCAUGACAUACUGGACCAAUUUUGCCAAGACGGGGGAUCCUAAUCUACCAGUUCCUCAGGACACCACAUUCAUUCACACCAAGCCCAACCGCUUCGAGGAGGUCAUCUGGACCAAGUUCAGCACUAAAGACAAGCAGUACUUGCAUAUCGGCCUGAAGCCGCGUGUCAGAGACAACUACCGGGCUAACAAGGUGGCCUUCUGGCUGGAGCUAGUGCCACAUCUCCACAGCCUCCAUGAGGACCCUGUUAACCCCAUAACAACUCGUCCUCCACCCGGCGGUCCCAACCGCUGGAAGGGCCCUCACAGCCCUGGCACCCGCACCACACGACAUCCUGUAAUCUCUACCUAUCCUCCUGAUCCUGAGCCUGAUGGCUCAGAGAGACCCCCCUAUAAACCUCCCUUCCCCAGUGAGACUAGGGACUACUCCACUGAGCUGAGUGUGACAGUAGCUGUGGGUGCCUCGCUUCUUUUCCUAAACGUGUUAGCCUUUGCCGCACUCUACUACAAACGGGAUAAGCGGCAUGAACUCAUGCAGAGACGCCACCGUCGACUCUCCCCACAACGCGGCACAACGAUGGGCAUGGGUGUCGGCAUGGGGGUCGUAGGGGCCCCACCGCACAAUGAUCUGGCGCUGAGCCAGGAGGAGGAGCUAAUGUCGCUGCAGAUGAAGCAGCAGAGAGUGGAGCUGGAGCACGGCACACCCCUCCCUUCCCGUGGUGUCCUUGGUGACCUGGAGCCUCUGCGGCCUCCUGUGUGCCCGCCUGACUACACUCUGGCCCUACGGCGAGCACCGGAGGAUGUGCCACUGAUGACAGCCAAUACCAUUACCAUGAUCCCCAGCACCAUCAGCAGCAUGCAGCCCCUCCACCCAUUCAACACUUAUCCCCCUGUCCCAGCUCCCUCUACUACACCUGUCCCCAGCCACAGCAACAAUGCUCUGCCACACCAACACUCCACCACCCGUGUAUAGGACCAGGCACAACUUCUGGUACCCCAUCCUGGGCUUACAGAGAUACACUGCACAAACUGCUUCAUAUAAACAUCACUCUCACCGCCCUUUAUUCUUCUUUACUAUACUUUUGUAUUUUCUCAUUAAGCCCUCAAAUAAAGCUGCAGUUUGUAAGAUUUUAAGCCUUGAAAUACCUCUAAAAUAAAAUUAUUAAUUAAGAGAGAGUUGAUCAAGAAAGCUUCUUUGCCAAAAGCCUGUCAUCAUAGGUACAUACUGCUCUGAACCAUUAAAGUUCUUUCAACAUGUGGUGCUUAGGUGAGCCACUAAAACUCUUGCAGCUCUCUCUCAAAGAGAUAUCGAGCUAAUCUAAAUCAGUCUUAUGUAUAGCUUGGCUGUUUUGUGUUUUGUGUCAGUGUAAAACUAUGUUUAACUUACAUAAAAUGCACAUAUCUGUUUUCAUUCAUUUAGUGAAAAGAUUUAACAAUAGCAAACAAGCCGUCUGUCAUAAAGUGGUGAUUUCUUGAAACUUAUAAAUUGCAGCUUUAAAGGCCCAAUCUGGAGGUGAAAUGUGGCCCAGCUAUGUCCCACUGUCUGUCUGCCCUGAUUUUGGAGACAUUUUAGUGUGAAAUGUAUUGACAGGGCUGGGAUUACAAGGAUGACAGCCAAGCCUGAGUUUUUUACUGGCUUUAAAACUUAAUUUCUUCAUCUUACAAAUGUAUAUACUUUUUCAGUUAUGAUGUAACUUAAAUGGCAUCUAAAGUUGUGCUUUUUACCAGUCUAUAUACUUAUAGCUGAUGCUUUCACAACAUUUCCAGAUUGGGCCUUGGACUGAUGGGCAGUACAGGAAAUAACUGAAUCAUUCUCAGUGUGUGGGAUGCAACCUGGAAUCCAGGCUGCCCAUUAGAACUUGCUGCAUCUCCGCCACACAGGCUCUAAUCAUGUCCAUUACUUUAUUUGUUUCUCACUCAUUAUCUCUCUGUGUCCCAGUCUCAGCUCAUUUAACUGCUUCUCUUUUCACUGCCUCGCACUCUUUGUCUCUCUGCAUCUGCCCCCGCAGCUCUUUUUAUUAAACUAUUGAUAUAAUCCAUUUCCCUCUCCACUUUUUUCCUCUUCCUCAGUCACUUCUAGACUUGUUUUUCCUUUCAGUCUUUUAUACAAAAACAUAAAUGUAAAUGAUGUAUUAUUAAUAAAUUGUAAGGAUAUGAAUGAAAAAAAGAUAUUCUGAUAUCUCGUUUUUACCAGCAUUCUUGGUGCCAAGUACUGUGAUAAAGUUCCUCUCUUGCUGGCGUCCAGUGGACCGCCUGGAGAGGUCCAUCCUGACUGUAUCUUACAAAAGGAAUUACCUUCAUAAAAAGUGCCAACCCCUUCGUCUUUCAUUUAAAUCCACAUGCUUGUUUUUUUUUUUCCUUUAAUUACACACAAUGUUGCACUGUGGCUGGUCUCUUCUUUAAAGGGAAAUCAGAUUCAGUAUAUGUUCAUUUAAAAAAGAAGAAUAUAAAGUUUUCUUAACGUCGCUGCAGUCUGAGAAUUUGCAUGAUGUGUUUUUCCCCUUAAGAUUGUGGGCAGAGAAGUUUCUUUGUCAUUUUGAUGAUUAGCCUUUUUCUUCAUAGAUUCUUGUUUCUUAAUUUUGAAAAUCAUUUAGAUUUUUUUUUAUUAUUCCUACUAUCAGCUGCACUUUGUGGUACUUCAAAAGAUAUUAAAGUAUUAAGAGAUGAAUAUUGUGUAAAACUAUGAUUAUAACAAAGAUAGUAAAUAUUUCCUCUUUAUUUUUUUUUCAUUUCCUAAAACUGAGGCUGUGCUGCAACACUACCAGAAAGACUGAUCAAAGGCCCCCC